AUGUUACCUAUCGUCAUAUUCAUAUUCAUCUCAUCCAUUGAAGUCAGUUAUGGAGCAUCUUCAUGCUACUCAUGUAACCCAUGUGGAACAACAUGGAAUCCUGCUGCAGCUCAAGUUAUUCAAACAUCAACAAUCAAUGAUUAUUGUCGCAAAACAGUAACCGGCACUCUUGUUGUAAAGGAUUCGGUAUCAACAUGUAAUCCAGUUAAUGUUCUCAAUAAUGGCGUUUAUUGUUGUCGAACAGACCUAUGUAACACCGGCAAUAGAUGUUCAUUGAAAAUGUCGAGUAUUCUUUUCUUAUUAUUUUAUUCUCUAUGGAAAAUUUAUUCAUAUUAUUAUUAUUAUAUAUGA